UUGAUCUCCAACGCCUCUGAUGCUCUGGAUAAGAUCAGACUGAUGUCUCUGACCAACGAGGACGCGCUGGCAGCCAACGAGGAGCUCACCAUCAAGAUCAAGGUUUGUUUCAUGGUCAAGUCCUCACAGGUUCAAUCUCAAUUCCUCACAUCCUUAUCAACCGUACAAAGUUCCUCACUUCGGACCUUCUUCUCCAGUGUGUUUUGAGACUGUUAGGCGAGGAUGCAAGGAAUCAAGUAAAGCUGAAUUGAGGAAGAGCCAAUCUCUUAACUAAAAAAAAUAAUAAUAAUGUAUUUGACUGAUCCAUUCCACUUCAUAAGACAUGGAAAUCAUAAGAAAAAUACCAUUAGGACUUCUGUUCAGCUUGAGCUCAGCUUUCUUCUUAAUCUUCUCCUCCCCAGAUGGACAAAGAGAAGAACAUGCUCCACAUCACCGACACGGGCGUCGGCAUGACCAAAGAGGACCUGGUCAAGAACCUGGGUGCCAUCGCCAAGUCGGGCACCAGCGAGUUCCUCAACAAGAUGACCGAGAUUGAAACCGAGGGCCAGUCCACCUCUGAGCUUAUUGGCCAGUUCGGUGUGGGCUUUUACUCUGCCUUCCUGGUUGCCGACAAGGUGAUCGUGUCUUCAAAGCACAACGACGGCACACAGCACAUCUGGGAGUCUGACUCCAAUGAGUUUUCUGUCAUUGAGGACCCCCGCGGGGAUACGCUCGGCAGGGGCACCACCAUCACGUAAGUGUCUCCAAUGGAGUACUCCCAAAAGUGAAAACCCCGCCCAUCUGGCAGGGCUCCAAGUAUUUUUAAAUGUUUUGAAUACUAGGUGAUGGUAUUCAUACAGUGGCCAUGAUUUUAAUGAACUUGUUAUGUAGCAUUGAAAGAUAAGAUGACACGGGACGAAAGCCCACAAUGAAAUCCAAUGUACAAAGCCUUGCAUUUAGUGUUUUUACUCUUCCAGGUUGGUGAUGAAGGAGGAGGCUACAGACUACCUGGAGCUGGAAACCAUCAAGAACCUGGUCCGGAAAUACUCGCAGUUUAUCAAUUUCCCCAUCUACGUCUGGGCCAGCAAGGUAUAGGAGUGGAACUAUACUGUACUUUAUCUCCUGUUCUCUCCAUCUGCACUGAUUUUGGAAAAUCAUUGACAAGUGAAAACAUUAUGGUGGUAAUAGCUCAUCAUUAGACUGGCUUUCAUCUGGUCUGUUUUCAGAUCAGUGCAGAUUAAGUAGAGGACGGAUUUGAGACAAUUUAGAGGGCGUCAUAUUUCGUUGUCAAUGGAACAACCCAUGGUGUUUUUAUAGCAGUGAGCUGUAGAAAUAACAUUUUGCCAUGUUCCCUUCUCUCCCUACCCAGACAGAGACUGUUGAGGAGCCCAUCGAUGAGGACACGGAGGCGGCCAAAGAUGCCACUGAGGAUGAGGUAGAGGUAGAGGUGGAGGAAGAGGAGGAGGAGGACAAGCCAAAGACCAAGAAGGUAAAAAAAGUUUUUAUUUUAGUUCAGUGUUUCCCAAACCUCUCCUUCAGUUCCAUUUAUUUGAUAUAUUCCAAUACUAGCACACCUAAUACAACUAAGCCAUCGAUUUCAUUUUGUUAAGUGACUUUUUAAAAACCCAAACAACUUAAUUCCUUUGGUCCAGGUUGAGAAGACUGUGUGGGACUGGGAGCUGAUGAACGACAUCAAGCCUAUCUGGACGAGACCAGCCAAAGAAGUAGAGGAGGACGAAUACAAGGCCUUCUACAAGACCUUCUCCAAGGUUUGCAGUCUGCACCUCCUCUUGACAUUUCUUCCUCCCACUGAGUUUUUCCUAGCUAAUGUGCCUCUUUUUUUGGUCUUUGGGGUCUAGGCUGUGUUACUGUAAAACAUUGACAACUGCUGAUAUAAAAAGGGCUUUUAUAAAUACAUUUGAUAGAAAAAUCUAUACAAUUAGAACACCGAUCUUCCCUCCAGGACACAGACGAGCCCCUCUCCCACAUCCACUUCACAGCCGAGGGUGAGGUCACCUUCAAGUCCAUCCUGUUUGUCCCCGCUGCCGCCCCCAGGGGCAUGUUCGACGAGUACGGAACCAAGAAGAACGACUUCAUCAAGCUGUUUGUCCGUAGAGUGUUCAUCACUGAUGACUUCAAUGACAUGAUGCCCAAAUACCUGAACUUCGUCAGGGGAGUGGUGAGUGAGCCUUGUUGCGUACUUUACAUGACGGAGCUUCUAGGACUAUGGGGGCUUGGAUCAAUAUAGGAAAUUGCAAACGUUUGUUUACUUUCUGAAUUGACUGAAUAGAAAUUGAUUUUUGACCCCGGACCCUGCUGUACAGUUGCAUGAUGGUUCAUUUAAUAAUGUAAAAAGUUUCUCUGUGAUUUAUGAUAAUGUGAUUGUUUUGUUAGGUGGACUCUGAUGAUCUGCCACUGAACGUGUCCAGAGAAACCCUGCAGCAACACAAGCUGCUCAAGGUGAGCCUCUCCAAUCUCAGAAUGAACAAGUUCAGACAGUUAACCUAUCUAUUUCGGUCAGAUUUCUUCUCUUUGGUGCCUACUGAAGAUGACGAUUUGAACAUAAAAUGACUUAUCAUUAACCAAUGUAGUGAACAAAUAUGAUCUUCAUAACUAAAAGUCCCUUCCUCCCUUACCUUUUCCACUCCAUCCAGGUCAUCCGUAAGAAGCUGGUGCGUAAGACCCUGGACAUGAUAAAGAAGAUUGCAGAGGAGCAGUACAAUGAGAAGUUCUGGAAGGAGUUUGGCACCAACAUUAAACUGGGUGUGAUCGAGGACCACUCCAACCGGACCCGUCUGGCCAAGCUGCUGCGUUUUCAGACCUCCAACAGCGACACAGUGCUGGCCAGCCUGGAGCAGUACGUAGAGCGGAUGAAGGACAAGCAGGACAAGAUCUACUUCAUGGCCGGGACUAGCCGCAGGGAGGUGGGUAGAUUUUGACUGUGAACACUCCCCUCCGUAUAGUAUAGAGCCAAAUUAAAGGUUUUAGCUUCACUGUCCAAGUGCAUAAGGAGGGGAGUGUACUGUAGGUAUAGGUGACUCUGGUGUAAUGGGAGGAGGAUGUAUAGCAGAUAAAGGAGAAGCUGUACUUCAGGACCAGCUACAUGGUGGACCAUAAAUUGGAUUAAUUAAAACGCUAUCCUCUUCUCGCUCUUCCCUUGUGACUUUUCCUCCCUUUCUUACCUUGAACUCUGACGUUUUCAACCGAGGUCAAGGUAAGGCAGAAAGUCACAUCUCCGAAAGAAUCUGAAUGCAACCACGGUCUCAGCUGGUCCCAAUUCGCUCACUACUCCUUCCCCUUGGCCCUUCGACGUUUGCAGAUCUGUAAGGAGUAAGUAAUAUAGUGAAGGUUAAUGUUCCUAACCCUGGUCUUCCCUUGUGCAAUGUCCUUUCCCCCAGGCUGAGUCUUCUCCCUUCGUAGAGAGUCUGUUGAAGAAGGGUUAUGAGGUGAUCUACCUGACAGAGCCAGUGGAUGAGUACUGUGUACAGGCUUUGCCAGAGUUCGACGGUAAGCGCUUCCAGAACGUGGCCAAGGAGGGCAUUAAGUUUGACGAGAGCGACAAGGCCAAGGAGACCAGGGAGGUCCUGGAGAAGGAGUACGAACCCCUCACCACCUGGAUGAAGGACAGCGCCCUCAAGGACAAGGUAACAUGCAGAACAUGAAUGUGAAAGACCAGACUUCAGACCACUUUUAAAAAAACAAUGUUCAUUUAUCCAGACUAGGUUUAGUCAUAAUUAGGGCUGUGGCAAUCAUGACAUUUUGUCAGCCCGUUAUUGUCACGCAAAAGACUGCCGUGCUCACGGUAAUUUACCCUUAAUUAACAAACACGUUUAGCAUCUCCACAUAUAGUUAAACCUAGCCUAAUAAAAUACAUUUACGUCAUUUAGCAGACGCUCUUAUCCAGAGCGACUUACAAAUUGGUGCAUUCACCUUACAGCCAGUGGGAUAACCACUUUACAAUAUGUUUUUUAUUUUUUUGGGGUGGGGUAAGGGGGGGGUAGAAGGAUUACUUUAUCCUAUUCCAUGUAUUCCUUAAAGAGGUAGGGUUUCAAGUGUCUCCGGAAGGUGGUGAGUGACUCCGCCGCCUUAGCGUCGUGGGGGAGCUUGUUCCACCAUUGGGGUGCCAGAGCAGCGAACAGUUUUGACUGGGCUGAGCGGGAACUGUGCUUCCGCAGAGGUAGGGGGGCCAGCAGGCCAGAGGUGGAUGAACGCAAUGCCCUCGUUUGGGUGUAGGGACUGAUCAGAGCCUGAAGGUACAGAGGUGCCGUUCCCCUCACAGCUCCGUAGGCAAGCACCAUGGUCUUGUAGCAGAUGCGAGCUUCAACUGGAAGCCAGUGGAGUGUGCGGAGGAGUGGGGUGACGUGAGAGAACUUGGGAAGGUUGAACACCAGACGGGCUGCGGCAUUCUGGAUGAGUUGUUGGGGUUUAAUGGCACAGGCAGGGAGCCCAGCCAACAGCGAGUUGCAGUAAUCCAGACGGGAGAUGACAAGUGCCUGGAUUAGGACCUGUGCCGCUUCCUGUGUAAGGCAGGGUCGUACACUCCAAAUGUUGUAGAGCAUGAACCUACAGGAUCGGGUCACCGCCUUGAUGUUAGCGGAGAACGACAGGGUGUUGUCCAGGGUCACGCCAAGGCUUUUUGCACUCUGGGAGGAGGACACAACGGAGUUGUCAACCGUGAUGGCGAGAUCAUGGAACGGGCAGUCCUUUCCCCGGGGGGAAGAGCAGCUCCGUCUUGCGGGAUAUGUUUCCCAUUCCAGAGCGAGUGUGCCACAGGUGGCCAGUGGCAUCCUAAUUGGGGAGGACGGGCUCAUAGGAAUGGCUGGAAUGCAAUAAAUAGAAUGGUGUCAAACACAUGCAUGUUUUAUACCAUUCCAUUCACUCAUUCCAGCAAUUGUUAUGAACCGUUCUUCCCCCCUCAACCUCCUGUGGAGUGCACAUAUGAAGUGGCUAUGUUGAGCGUGAAAGUGAUAAUUUGAAACGGGUCCUAUAUGCUAGAUUUAGAGUUAUUUGGCAACAUUAGUUGUGAAUGAUACAGACCUUAGAAUGUCUUACAAAUCUAAACAUAUAUGGGCUGCAUGAUGCGACUAUUGGCUAUUGAUGAUUAGAGAAAGUCGCAAAUAAAGCUUGCGCUCUGUUCCUUGCCUCGGGCUGCACAGCUGUUCUCUUAUCAAGUGAUCAUAUUUUCACCCAUCAGACUAGUCUCAAUUUAAUCUUGUCUGUACUAUUAUAUAAAAUGAGUUUUGAUUUAGAAUGGCCCAUUAUCAAAUGGGCAGGGGAAAAAGACAUGUCAUCUGUAUGCACUCGAAUAGCGAAUGGAGGCCGCACGCUGUCCCGCCGGUCCAUUUUUCAAUGAUGCCUGUUAGGUUACUUCGGUUUUAUAGCAGAGCUUUGCUUAAUAUCAGCAGCUGAGAAAUAAAAUAACACUUUCACUCUGUGCACUGUUUGUGGAGCAUGUUCUCCCUGCGCGACAGGUGAUAUUCUGCCCAAACUGUAUGCCGUGGGCUCUCAACCCUGUUCCUGCAUCUACCCAGUGCUUAAUUUGGGAAACCAAAUGAUCUUUUGAACAUCAACAGUAACAUGUUUUCGCAACAAAACAUUUCACUAAACUGAAACUGCGCUCUGUAUAAAGGAGAGCGAGGAGGAGAUGGAAACGCACAGUAGUGAGAUUCUGUAUAGGUAAAGGUAAUGUCACCUAAUUAAUUAUGAAAAAUAAAAAUAAUGCCCUAUUGCUAGAUUAUUCAAAAUCAAAUACAAAUUCACUAUAAUUGUUGGCUGACUCUGCACAAUGAACCAACAGCAGUCCCUAGGGCUAUACGUUCUGACUCGUGGAUAGACAUUUUGGAGCGUAGCAUAAGGUAACCAGUCCAUCCAGUAUGAAUAAUAAUAGUAGUCCACACUCAAAGGCGACUACUCAAAUUAGUAUAGGCUAGACCAAUUAUGUACCAAAGACAGUUUUUCUGCCAUCAUCAAAAUCAUUUUUUUUUUUUUCAUAAGCCUAUGCAUAAGCUCUAAUAUGCAUAUGGUUGGUUUGAAUUAAUCGUCACCUUAGAAAGCGCUGUCCAUUUCGUUAGUCUCCCGAGUGGCGCAGUGGUCUAAGGCACUGCAUCGCAGUGCUAGCUGUGCCACUAGAGAUCCUGGUUCGAAUCCAGGCUCUGCUGUAGCCGGCCGCAACCGGGAGACCAAUGGGGCGGCGCACAAUUGGCCCAGGGUAGGGGAGGGAAUGGCCGGCAGGGAGGUAGCUCAGUUGGUAGAGCAUGGCGUUUGCAACGCCAGGGUUGUGGGUUCGAUUCCCAUGGGGUAUGAAAAUUAAAAAGAAUGUAUGCACUAACUGUAAGUCGCUCUGGAUAAGAGCGUCUGCUAAAUGACAAAUGUAAAUGAAAAUGAUUUCAAAGCCUGUUUUUACACUGUUUCAACAUGCUGUUGAACUUUUUUCUUCAAAUUGAUCAUCACAGUGAGGUGAGUUUUAAAAGCACGAUACUGUGAUUUUUCGUUUGCAUUGACGUCAGUGGUUAGAGGGACAAUAGAGCCCUGAGUACCAGGCCAUUAGGACCUGAUGGUCGUUAGCAAGUUGGGUACUACCAAAUCAUGUCCAGAGUGCAUAAAAGGAGAUUACUGUGACUCAACGGUCACGUGGAAUUUUACUGCAGUUAUGACGGUAAUAAGGUCACCGCAACAGCCCUAGUCAUGAUUAAAAACCAUUCUCAACGGCAAAUCCGGCCCUAAAUGUUUUGGGAUUAAAUGAUUUUAAAAAAAAGGUUUUAUUAUUUGUGUGUAGAUUGAGAAGGCUAUCCUGUCCCAGAGGCUGACCAAGUCUCCCUGUGCCCUGGUAGCCAGCCAGUAUGGCUGGUCCGGUAACAUGGAGAGGAUCAUGAAGGCACAGGCAUACCAGACAGGAAAAGACAUCUCCACAAAGUGAGUGAUCUCUGUAUGCACUUCAGGUGGUAUUCUGAAGUUUUGAGCUUUUGUGUAACAUCAUUAAUCUAUGUCAAUGGGAGACUUGCAUGAAUAUUUGCGCUAAACCGGGAUCUCAUUUCAGAAUACCACCCUUCUAUUUUUUUUCUGUUACCCUUCUUGAUCUCUUCCUUAUAUAAUAUUGUGUUCUGCUUUGUAUUUCCAGUUAUUAUGCAAGCCAGAAGAAAACAUUAGAAAUCAACCCAAAGCACCCUCUCAUCAAGGAAAUGCUGAAACGCGUUUCUGUAAGUAUUUAUCACAUACAUAACCUUGUGAAGCUGUGUUCAUAAUACUCCAUCAACUUGAUUCUUGAGUGGUGCCAAUGAGAUCCAAGCCAGAGAAUGUUCCUCAUCCUUCAUCAGUUGAGUGAUGUCUGUGAUACAAUACAUCUAUUGAUCCAUUAUACAGACCUCCAAUGGUAUUGGGACAGUGACCAUUUCUUUUGUUUUGGCUCUGUACUCCAGCACUUUGGAGUUGAAAUGAUGUAAUGACUGAGGUUAAAGUGCAGACUGUCAGCUUUAAUUUGAGGGUAUUUUCAUCCAUAUCAGGUGAACCGUUUAGAAAUUACAGCACUUUUUGUACAUAGUCCCCCCCCCCCCCCCCCAAAGUAUUGAGACAAAUUCACUUGUGUGGAUUAAAGUAGUAAAAAGUUUAGCAUUUGGUCCCAUAUUCAUAGCAUGCAAUGACUACAUUAAGCUUGUGACUCUACAAAUGUGCUGUUUUUUGUUUUGGUUGUUUCAGAUUUAUUUUGUGCCCAAUAGAAAUAAAUUGUAAAUAAUGUAAUCAUUCUGGAGUCACUUUUAUUGUAAAUAAGAAUAGAAUGUUUCUAAACACUUCUACAUUAAUGUGGAUGCUGCCAUGAUUACGGAUAAUCCUGACUGAAUCGUGAAUAAUGAGUGUGAACGUUAAACACACAUCAUACCCACAAGAAAUGCUAACUUCUCACCAUUACAACAACAGUGGAGGUUAGAAUUUCUUGUUAUUGUAAUGGGGAGUGGUUCGCAUGUCUUGGGGUAUGAUAUUUCUGCGUCUAACUUUCUCACUCAUCAUUAUUCACGAUUCAUUCAGCAUUAUCUGUAAUCAUAGUAGCAUCAACAUUAAUGUAGAAGUGUUUAGAAACAUAUUAUAUUCUUAUUUACAAUAAAAGUGAUUCCAAAAUGACACAAUACAUUAUUUACCAUUAAUUUCUAUUGGCCACAAAAUAAUCUAUGUACAGAAAGUGCUGUAAUUUCUAAAUGGUUCAACUGAUAUGGAUGAAAAUGGCCUCCGAUUAAUGCUGAUAGUCUGCACUUUAACCUCAUUGUAUCAUUCCAAAACAAUGUGUCACUGUCCCAAUACUUUUGGAGCUCACUGAACAGACACCGACAACUGAAAUGGUAAAUGUUUCUGUCAGUCUGGUGCUCUGUGGGCAGGUAUUAAUGUUUUAGUUUAAUACUCUAACUGGAUGUCACCGUCGACGAGUGUCUGCUAAAUAGUGUUGAGUAGUGCACUACAUUCUUCAGUAGCUUGGUGGUAGUUGAACAGAAUUCAAAUCUAGGUAGUGUUUUCAGUAGUUAAUUACGUUCCGUGUAGCAAACUACACGACUUUUUUAGCAAAAAGAAACAUAUGGGUGAAGUAGGCAAUUUCCAUUUUCGGCAUUAGAACUGGGCACGGUUUCCCAAAAGCAUAUUAAGGCUAGGUUCAUCAUUAGAACCAUCGUAGGAGCAUUGUUAAAUCUCAGAGCUGUGUCUCAAAACCAUCGUUAUUAACGUUGCGCUUGAAAACGCUCGUAAUCGAACAUAGUCACAUGGUUUAUCUGUCUCUGUGACCUAUAACUUCAGAACAAAAUUGACUAGAAAUACAAAGUUGCCAAUGUCUUAAUACAAACAAACGACCUAUUAAAAAGAUGCUUCAAAUUAACUGAGAUGACUGAAUUAAAAUAUAAAUGGUAGUAUAUAGGCUUAUUUCAGUCAUAUUGAAAUGCAUUUCAUGUUCAAUCAGUUCUAUUUUGCUACUUGUAGACUACUCUCUGUGUAAUGUCUCCAAUAUAUUUCAUGUGUAGCCUAAUGUGCGCAAUGAAAUGCCAAAUCAGUGAUUUUAGUGCAUUUUUAUUGGGUAAGUAUUAUAAUAAGCCACCAACAUUAUUUGCAGCUGUAGGUGGUAAUCUCUCUAGGAGCUGAUCCGUCAUCAGUAUUGUGAAAUAAUGUUAAGCUAAGAUUUGAAUGGAGAAAGCUGAUCCGAGAGCAGCACUCACUUUCUUUCGAUCCUAUCAGUAGAGACACAUACUCCAACGACGCUCUUAGUGACCUUUCUAUCUGCGUGGUGUUUUGGGAAACGCAUGUUACAUCUUGGGCCGUUGUUGGAUUCAUCGUUAAAACACUCGUAACCUUAAGUUCCAUCACUAGGAAAACCGGGCCCUGCCUAAUUCUCACUUAGAACAUCAUUUUGGUGUUUUAAUAGGUUUUUACCCAUUCUGUUAAAAUAUGACCCCAAAGUGAUUUGUUUUUGCAAUUUGUAGUCUGACAUUUCAGAUAUACCUAUGAUAAUUGUUCACCAAGUAGUUUGGAUGUAUUGAACUGCUUUUUCAAAUUAAAUUUCAGUUAAAUAGUUUACUUUUCUUAAGGUUUGCUUUAACUUAGUUUACCAAGCUACCAAUUACAUCACACUAUCUUUUCAGAAUAGCUUCCCCAACACUGCUGCUAAAUGACAAGGAACUGUAAAUAAAACUAAUUUUGUAUUCCUCUCCCCAUAGACGGAUGCCGAGGACCAGACGGCCUCAGACCUGGCCAUGGUGUUGUUUGAGACGGCCACACUGCGUUCAGGCUACCAGCUCCAAGACACCAAGGCCUAUGGAGACAGGAUAGAACGCAUGCUGCGGCUCAGUAUGAACAUAGACCUCAAUGAACAGGUUGAGGAGCCGGAGGAGGAGCCUGAAGAGGCAGCAGAGGCUGAGGAAGAAGAGGAAAUUCAAGAUGAGGAUGAUGAAAUGGUAUGUUUCUACUAAGUCCAACAACUAUGUUUAGGCCAGUAUCUACACAUUAAGUCAUUCUUAUGUCCUGUUACUAACCUUUCUUCCUCUUUUCCAUAUAGGUAACUGAUAAAGAUGAAUUAUAAAGCACAAUGAGUGGGGGUGUGAUGUACCUAUCCUGGAGCUGAGCCACAACCAAGACCACCCAUGGCCAACCAAGUCCUAGCCUUGAAAUCCAGACAGAAUUUAGUGUCAUUCUGUAUGUUUCACUCAUUAUCUAUGAAUUAGUCAUUACUAUAGUGAAACAUUGAAUCACACUGUCUGGAUUUCCA